CUUUUUGCAAUCAACCCAACUCUCUUUGUUCACCUUCCACCUUUCGCACACACCCUUAUUUGCGGCCAUGCUCGAAUACUUUACCUACAAAAAGUUCAAGAACAACCGCGACAAGAAGAAGGCGGCACAGGUCGAUGCUACGCCACCAAAGUCCCCAAUCUUGAACAGUGCCGCGACACCCAAGUCCCCCAUCUUGAACGAUGAAGAUGAGGCCUUCCUUGAGCGCAUCACGUCCGAAGAAGCGCCACCUCCGCUUCCCAAGCGACCCGACGUCACUCCCAACAAUGGUCAACGAACGAAGUCAAAGGACGCACAGACUGCGUUAAUGGAUGGCGCAGAUCAGAUUCCCUUGCCUACAUCACCGCCGGCGACACCUGGUGAUGCGCAAGCAUUGGAAGAGAAGAACAACAAGAAGCGUGUAGGCUACUGGUCCUUUGUAACGGAUAUCCCCAAGCGCGCAAAGAGCAAGCGUCAGACCCAAGCAGCCACCGAUCUUGCCGCUGCCGCUGAGACUGUCAAGAAGGGCGAGAGCGCCAUACCCAAGGUCGCGGUCACGACCAACGAAGGCGAGGUUCAGAAAGAGGAGCAAGACCUGACGGCCGUACUGGAUCAGCUUAAUCUGGCCGCUGUCAACAACCGAGUGUUCAGUUUCUCAAAGGAGUCACAAGAACUGCUUGAAAAAUUCAAGCAAGUGCUUAAAGACCUGGUCAACGGAGCGCCGCACGCCUACGACGACCUCGAGAAGCUGCUGAAGAACUCCGAUGAUCAGCUCUCCAAGAUGUACGGAUCGUUGCCUCCGUUCUUGCAGAACCUCGUCAAGCAACUGCCGACCAAGAUGACGGCGGCACUGGCUCCCGAGCUCCUUGCGGCUACGGCCGAGAAGCCUGGUUUCGACGCUUCGCAUUUGAAUGAAGGGGAUGCGAGAGGCGGAGACAAGAAGAAGAAGAAGAAGAGCAAUUGGACGCGUGUUCCGCCUCUCAAGAAGCUCGUUUCCGAACAGGGUGCGGUUGCUGCCAUGCUCCGCAGUAUCCUCAACUUCCUCAAGCUGCGCUUCCCAGCCCUUGUUUCCGGUACCAAUGUGUUGAUGAGCUUGGCGGUCUUCCUUCUCCUAUUCGUCUUCUGGUACUGCCACAAGCGUGGCCGUGAAGUCCGCCUUGCCAAGGAGGCCGAAGCUCAUAGCGCGGCGAGCUCGCAGUCCAAUCUCAACAAGAGCGCCUCGUCUUCUGAUGUCGACGAAACCAUCCUCACGCCCGGUGCGCGCAAUGCUCGAAGCACGGAGCCACCAAUCACCAUUCACGAAUCUCCAGCGACGGAAGAUUAUUCUGGUGCUACGGUCAGAGAUCUACCCUCUGUCUUGGACUUGCCGGACCCGAAGACUGUGCCUCUUCCAAAGGAGAAGUAGUCGGGCACAAUAUGAUACCCUUUUUGCUCUCAAUACCGAGUUGGCUUAGAUUGAAAACUGGAGUUGCCAUGGAUGGAUCAGGGACGGCGCGGAUGGAUCACGAUAACGAAAGCGACGAUUGCUUUAAUGAUAGCGGGACAAGCGAGUUGGUCUUUCGUGCUGGUUUAGGUUUUUGCAUUGCUUUUUGGGUCGUAAGGAUACCUUAGAUACUGAAACAUCAC